AUGCUCUACGUUAUAGGUCUUGGCCUAUCAUCAGUCGAGGACAUAUCUGUAUCCGGUCUUACGGCUGCAAAAGCUUGUGAUCACAUAUUCGUCGAUGCAUACACCUCCAUUCUUAGUCACGGGAUUGAAAAAAUAUCGCUGUUUCUCGGAAAAAGUGUUAGGACCGCUGACCGCGAAUUUACUGAAGGUGACUCGGUAAUUGUUUCCUUGGCAAAAAAAGAAGACGUAGCUUUUUUGGUGGUUGGAGAUCCUCUUUGUGCCACAACACAUACUGACAUCAUCCUUCGCGCUAUUAAGGAAAAGAUUCCAUACAAAGUUAUUCAUAAUUCAUCGAUAAUGACUGCUGUGGCAUGCUGCGGGAUACAUUUGUACCAUUUAGGGGAAACCGUUUCAAUUCCUUUGUGGGGAGAAUGUGGCUGUCCAGAUAGCUUUUACUCGAAAAUAAUGUCAAAUUAUUGCCGAGGUCUCCAUACUUUAUGCCUGUUAGAUAUCAGGGUCAAGGAGAAAUCCGUUGAGAACUUGCUUCGCGACCGUGAUGUUUACGAACCUCCACGUUUUAUGCUUUGUCAGGAAGCUGCCUACCAGAUCCUCGAAGCAGGUCGUCAUUGUGAGGUGCCCUACGAACGGGAGCCGGAUGGCUAUCUUCAUGAAGACUGUAUUGUUAUAUGCUUAGCCCGAGUGGCAACUCCAUCUCAGGCCAUAGUGGUCACUACUAUCGGGACUUUGGAAGCUGCCAUGGCAGCUGGUGAUUCUGACCCCAUCUCUGCCUCGCUCGGCGGCCCAAUGCAUUGUAUGAUAAUUCCUGGAAGACUUCAUCCAAUGGAAGUUGAGUUCCUCUCAGCAAGCCUUUUGACCGGUGAUUUAGAUGACGAAACAAAAAUUGUCACUAGCGGUACACGUCUGCCAAUUUUAUUGCCCCCAUCAAGAGACCGCGAGAAUUUCAAAGAAAUCGUUACCGCCAUGUUUUCUAGACAUCAAGAAUUGCUAAAUCCCUAUACAUAA